GUCAUCGACUUCCAAUAGCUGAAGUCUUUUAUAAAAAAUUCGGUUAUAAUGUCGUCAUGUUAUCUUAUCGAGGAUACGGUUUGAGUGAAGGUAAACCAAAUGAAAAAGGGAUCAAUGUGGACGCUCAGACGGCUUUGGACUAUAUUUUACAUCAUCCCAUCUUACGACAUACAAAACUUAUGGCAUUUGGACAAUCUCUUGGUGGUGCUGUAGCACUCAACCUCGUAUCAAAAAAUGAAGACAAAUUUGACGCACUGAUCAUCGAAAAUACAUUUUUAAGCAUGACAUUAUUGAUUCCGCAUGCUUUACCUGCAUUGAGGCAUCUUGUAUAUCUAUGUCAUCAAACUUGGCGAUCUUAUCGAGCAAUACAAAAUAUUCAUCGUAUCCCAAUUUUGUUUUUAUCAAGCUUGAAAGACGAAUUGGUUCCACCUGCACAUAUGGCAAAAUUAUAUGAUAUAUCUCAUACGACAGGUGAAAAAGUUUGGAAAGAGUUUGAAAAUGGCACUCAUAACGAUACUUGCAUGCAGCAUGGUUAUUUUGAAGCAAUUGCUGAAUUCGGUAGGAACAACGUUUGGGAUCUUGACUAACACUAUUGGUGAUGGCACAUUUCUCUCUCUCUCAUAUAUAUAUAUACGCGUUCUCUUUCUUGUAAUACAUCAUCAUCAUCAUUAUUAUUAUCAUCAUUAUCAUCACCAUCAUCACCAUCAUCAUCCUCUUCUUUUUCUUUAUUAUU